CACAUUGCCUUUGAAGAGAACUGGUUAUGAUAGGUUGACAUACAGAGGCUGACAGGGGAAGAGCUACAUUGUAGAGACAAGAGAGCGACAGCGACAGCAAGAGCCAGAACAAAACCAAUUGGAGAACCCUAUCCCUGUGCUCUCUGCCACCACUCCUGGUCUUUCUCUCAUUCUGUCUAUCUUUUCCUCCAUGCUCUCACUGCUUUCGUGGAAGAGAGGAGACAGACAAGGACAGAGCCUUGAACUCAGAAGCUGUGAUGGACACCAAGGCAGUGUUUGCGACUCUGUACAGCGUGUGCGAAGAAAAUGCCACUUUCUUCUCAGGGGGAGCCAAGGGGUCGCAGGGUGAUGCAGCACGGCGGCUGGUGGAUGCCAUGAAGCUGAUACAGGAGCACGCUCGCUGUCUGGAGCCUGUUAUCUCUGGCUUCGCUGCAGUUUACCAUCAUUUUGACUUUGACCCACACAUACCUGCUAACGGCUAUCGCUCACUGGUCAAGGUUGUGCGUUGCUGCCUCCUCCACAUCAUCCACAAGGGGCGCUACAUCACCACCAAUCGCCGCAGCAUCUUUUUCCGAGUAGCGCACAAUGCAGGGGAGAUGGAGGCAUACUGCAGUGCCCUGUGUCAGCUGCGUGCCCUGCUCUACUUGGCUCAGCGCAUGCUACAUGACAACAGCCAUGGCAACCUUUUUUUCCAGGAUGAAAGUGGCCUCAGCGAGAGCUUUGUCCGUGAAUACUCAUCCAUGCACAAGGGGUGCUUCUAUGGCCGUUGCUUGGGCUUUCAGUUCACUCCAGCCAUCCGGCCCUUUCUCCAGACCAUCGCUAUCGGCCUUGUGGCCUUUGGAGAAAACUACAGACGCCAUCAGUCAGGAAUAGGUGUAGCAGCCAGCUCUUUCUUUACCUCAGGAAAGUACGCCAUCGACCCAGAGUUGAGAGGGGCAGAAUUUGAACGUAUCACCCAGAACCUGGAUGUUCAUUUCUGGAAGACCUUCUGGAACAUUACUGAGACUGAGGUCCUGUCGAGUCUCGCCAGUAUGACAUCCACUCAAGUUAAGGUGAACCGGGCUCUUUCUGUGCCCCCUGUGCCCUUUGACCUUCCCCUGGCGGCCAACCACAGAGCAUCUGUAACUAUAGCUCCACCAUCAGCCCACAUUGGCACUGCCCCGAUUCAGAUGAGGCUCAUCUCUUAUGACUUACGUGAAGGACAGGACAGUGAAACUCUGCUGUCUCUCUCUCGCUCUGAGGGGGGCGCCAUCUCUCUGUCACUGGGGUUAAAGACCAAGCGCCUCCCCUCUUCUCCCUGCUUGCUGGUCCACUUCCAUGGGGGGGGCUUUGUGGCCCAGACCUCUAAGUCCCAUGAGCCCUAUCUGAAGAGUUGGUCUCAGGACCUUGGUGUCCCCAUCUUGUCAGUGGACUACUCUCUCGCCCCGGAGGCUCCCUUUCCGAGGGCCCUGGAGGAAUGUUUCUAUGCCUACUGCUGGGCUCUGAGACACCACCACCUACUAGGAUGGACUGGAGAGAAAGUAUGUUUGGCCGGGGACAGUGCGGGUGGCAAUUUGUGUGUGACGACAUCGAUGCGCGCUGCUGCCUUUGGUGUGCGAAUGCCAGAUGGCAUCGUGGCAGCCUACCCGGCUACCCUGCUGACUGCCUAUGCAUCGCCCUCCCGUCUGCUAACACUUAUGGAUCCCCUGCUGCCACUCAGUGUGCUCUCCAGGUGUCUCAGCGCCUACGCAGGCAAUGAGCCGCAAACAGAGAAGCAGGUAGAGAAAGUGAGCACGCUGAGCCUGGUGAGGAGAGACACGGCGCUGCUGCUGCGAGAUUUCCGACAGGGAGCCUCCAACUGGAUCCACUCUCUGCUGGAUCCCAACAGAGCCUCAUCUUCCCCAGGCACAGCUGCAGAGAUGCCACCGGGAGCCACUGAUGCAGUGAGAAAGAGCAUUUCAGAGGCGUCCAUCUCUUCUCCUCACGCUGACCCCCCUGUACCCGCAGAGCCCUCAGAGUUCCCCUCCAGGAAAUUAUCUGUAAAGAGCCAGACUUGCCAGGACUUGGGAUCCCACAACAGCUCCACUUCGCACAGUGCACCGCUGCUCUCUGAGCGUGCUCCAGAAGACGUGAAUUUCUUCCUCUCCAAGGAUGUGGAUCCCUCCAUGUCCAGUGACCUGUAUUCAGUGGCCAUACCACCCCCUGCUGGAGAGGAGGGAUCAGAGCUGGAGCACCCCAGGGAGUUUCCCGUGGGGUUUGAGCCACUGCGUUCAGAGCAACUGGCUGAGAUGAGGGUGGAGAGCUCUCCAGUGGUCAAGGAUCCUUACUGUUCACCUCUGCUGGCCCCUGAUAGCAUGCUGAAAGGGAUGCCACCUGUACAUAUAGUGGCUUGCGCAUUAGACCCCAUGCUGGAUGACUCUGUGAUGUUUGCCAAGCGUUUGAGGAACAUAGACCAGCCUGUCACUCUGUGUGUGGUGGACGACCUCCCCCAUGGCUUCCUCAGCCUAUCGCAGCUCUCCAAGGAGACAAGAGAGGCUGCCAACGUCUGCGUGGAGCGAAUUCGCGCCGUCUUCACCCAGAAGGACACGCCCCCGGAGCCGCGCAAGCACCGAAAGCUGGAACGGACCGAUAGGGGUGUGUCAGCUUCUUCUGGGGAAGCCGCUUCUCUCUACAUUGGCCCCAUUGAGGGAGAAGAGCUAGCUGUCGGGAGAGGGGCUAAAAUUGCUGAUGGGGAGGGCUUAGUUGCUGUGGCAGCCCAGAAUAACACUGACGCUGGUGGUAUUGGGGCUUAAAUAAGGUUAGAUAAAAAAAAAAAGGUCUGCCGUUCACACCGAGGAGUGAAGGAAGAAAGGGUAAAUGAAAGUCAGACAAAUUUAGGCAGUACAGUGUCUAAAAGAGGGGAGAGAGAAAGCAUCCUAAAAACAGAUAGGAGCGAAGGGUGCAGUCUAGGAGAAUGCCCAGUUUUUUGGGAGACAGAAAUGUGACGUCCUCUCCGUUACAAUUCUUGCCACUUGUCUGUGCACCAUCAUGUGCUGACGCAACUUUGGCAGACCAGACGAACACACCCACUGAAGACAGUCAUGUUUAAGAAUAAAAUGGUAAUUUAGCAUUCCUUAGAUCAAAGACCAGCACCCACCCACACAUGCAGCACACAUACUUGAUCGAGUUGCUGUUCAGUGGCGCAGGCUCGGACAUAAAGUAGCGCAGAAGAUUCUUGAGACGAAGCCUGAAUGGGUGAUUCAUCUAGGCCAAGGCAGUCAUUUAAGGCUCUAAUCAGAUGGUGGUAGGCACACUAUAUGCUUCUGUAUAGAGUCAUCCCUAUCAAAAUGGCCACUUGUCCUUUAGGGAACUACUCUAAAUCACACAUAAUAACUCUGCAUUGUGUUCUCCAUUACGGCAGUUUGGCAGUCAAUACAGCUCACUUUGUGGAUAGUAACUCUGUUGACUCUCUCCCAAAUUCAAUUACGACGUUAAAAUACAACAGACUGAAAGACUCGAAACUGGAUUAAUAGGUUUACUUGUUUCUUGAGAUUCUGUUGCAGUUUUCAAUCAUAUUAUCAACCCUAUGCAUUAGUAUUACUUUUGUUAUUUAUAUCUUUUUUUCUGUUGCUGUAGUAUAAUCCAUGAAUCGUGACACUUUGUUGAUUUGUGCACUACAUUGUUUGUUUAAUGUAAUCUUAUGCUGUUUAUGCCACAUUUUUGAAUGUGCUCAAUAUUUACUUUGCUUCUUCUUUAGCCACAGCUGCUCGGACAUCCCCAGACUUUCCUAUUAAACUCAUAUCCUACUCUCAGUAAUGCAUACUGAUAGGGGAGACGGUGCCCUACCUAGAUGCCGCCUGGUGCUUUUUGUAGUGCUGAUAUUGCAAAUGCAAAAAUCGCAUUGUUGAUUGUUAUAGUGAAAUUUGUGGAGAUGCACUGAGAUACACUAUUUUCUGAACACAAGUACAUGCUUGAAAAGUUGGUCUCUAUCUUUUCAAGUCUUUAAAGAGCCUCUUCAAAGAUCUCAGCUCUGAGAUGACUGAAAGAGGCUAAAUGUUUUUAUUUUUAUUAUUUUAAGACUGGAAAUAGCUGCUUGACCUCCUGCCUCUGCAGAACAGUAGUAAGAGGAGUGGGAUGGGGGUGACAAAAAAGCCCAGCCCUCAACUAUCAAUACACAUUUUAAGCACUGAUUUGCUCUCAGGUUGUUCCCAUUCCUCGCCAGGGCCAGGCGUUAUUUCUCACUACUUCUCUGCAUGUGUCAAAGUACCACUUCUCUCGGGCCAGGAGAUUUUAUGCCUGACUACCUGUUUCCACAAAUCGGAGGCUUUUAGGCAAAGCUUGAAGAUACUGACCAAGAAAAGAGAUUGUAAGAGUGCAGUGUAAAAGCCACUGAAUUUGUAUUUGGUCAACUAAAAGUGGCUGGCUGUCCAGAUUUUUUUUCCUUCUCUCCAUCAUCACGUUUGGGGUUCACUUUGUUUUCAAUAACCUGAGAACACUCCUCUGAGCGUGAUGCCAUCGAAGCACUUUGAAGUGCACAAAAAUGUCCUUCUGAGGGUCAGUUCCUCUAUCAGGUCCAACUAAAUAUAGAUGCCAACAAUGCUGGCACUGUCCUGCCCUUGCCUGGUAACAGGGCUGGGGUUGCCAGGUCUGUAGAGAGGGAUGCUGUGUGAUGAAUAGGAUUUAGCUGAAGCUCCGAGUGCAAAAUCCUCCCCCCUGUAGAAGAGCAGGAAUUUUAGCAGCAAAGUCAUGCUACAGGAUUAGGCCAUGCUCAGUUCUGUCAGCUUGGAGUAUUUACUGCAAUAUUUUUAGUCAGAUUGAUGGAGACAACCAGGGUCUUGAGGAGGAAGAAAGUAAUACACUCAUUCUCUCAGAAAUGCUGGGCUGAAGUUUGUACUUGCUUUACUAGCCACUGUUUAUGCUCACUCUGCACUUUUGCAGCAGUUGGUUUGUCAAUCCGUGAAGUGUAUUUUAAGCUUGAGCCUGUAUACAUGUCACUUUUUUUUUUUUUUUCCUUCGUUGCUUAGUGCCUGUAUGUGUGGCUCAAGUGGAGUCUGCAUGUGCACAUUCAUGUGAUCACACCAGUCUCUAUUGUGUGAGAAACAUGAGCUCACACAUGGGACACGUCCUCUUUGUUUGUGUCGUGUGUUCACAUAAAGACAGGAAUGGCACUUCACAGUCAAGAGACUAUCCAGAGAAUUAAUCAUCUGUUGUUUAGAGCAGCGUCUAUGAAGAAAUCAAACCUCUAUGGCACAACAGUUUUUGUUUGUGAUGUACAUUGACUUGACUGAAAACUCCACCGCCUAUGAAGCCCAGAAGGGUUGAUUGGUCAUUAGCACCUUGUUGUUUGAAUUAUGUGAAUACAAGAAAACUUUAAAAAAAAAAAAAAAAAAACUUAUGUGUUAAAUCUUAAAUGUUAUUCAUUCACUUCUUGUGUUUUGACCUUCAUAUGCCUCUCACCCUUGGUGACCACUGAUGCAUCAGGCUAAGCUGAGUGCAGGUGAUGGACCAGAGAGCCCAUCUGGUGUUUUGGACAGAUGAAUUUGCAGAGAAUGAGUCUUAGUUCUCCCAUUCCUGACAUUAUUGUGCUUAUAAGCUGCCUGCAACUAUGAGCUGAAAUGUUUGAUUCAAUAUUGUUUCAAUUAGUGUUGCUGCUUCACAGUGUGUAUGUGUGGAUAAUCCACAUGACAUCUUCAUAAUUUCAAAUCGUCCUUGUUGAGUUCAAACUAGUGUUAGUGGAUCAGUGUAAUAUUGCUUUUUUGGUAGUUCAAUUAUCAGGUUAUACAUCAUACCUCUACACUUCGAACGCUCCUCUCACUAGAGAUUUUUGCCCCAAGCUGAUUUCGGUCAAGUGCAAUGCAAAAUGCUACGCUGCUGCAAACAUGAGCUAGUUGGUUCAACCAUUAUGUCAACAUUUACACUUAAGCUAUGCAGUUACACACACACACACACACACUUACACACACUCACACGCACACAGCAUCACACCAUCACACCAUUUCUCUUGUCACAGUUUCUGUUUAAUGUGGUAAUGCUGUUUUUUUGUGCAAUGUGUUUUAAUCACCUCAAGGUUGGAUUUCAUAGUUAGCAUACCAACUUUAAUAUCGCAAAACUAGUUUCAAAGUAGUAGAUUUAAUGAGAUGAAGCUUAAUCAUGUUACAAAUGUAUUAGUGUGUUGGACUGACCUCAAGCACCUCUGCAAAAUGUUUCCUAAUGAGAAAAUCUCAUUUAAUCGAUCAAUUAGAUGUUUUAAUUUUUGCUGUUCUUUCAUUUAUGGUUAGUUUCAAGCAGAACCAAAGACUGCAGUCAGUCAGACAGAUGUACUGUCCUUGCCGUUUAGUGUUUGCUGUUAACUGGUAUAACUGAAAAUGCAGGUGCUAGUCAGUGUCGUAGCCUGUCUGCACUGCACAUGCAAGUUGCUCCGCACUGUAAAAUGCAGUUCUGAUGUAGAAUAUGAUUAGCCUUUAAACAGAAAAACAAGCCAUAGACUGGAAACAAAGUUGUUUUAAGUUUACUUGUUUUUUGUUUUGUUUUUUUUUGUUUUUUUACUUUUUUUUCAUUUUCUUUUAUUGAAAACACCACAAGUGCAAACCUGUGAAUCAAAAAAAGAAUGUAUAUUAAACAUUAUGAUUCAUGUAGAUAUUUUUACUUUAAGAUUUGUUAAUCAGAAUGAUUGCAGAUUGAUUGAGUUUUGACUGCAUUGUUUUUGCAGGUUUCAUACUAGAGUGUCUGUGUCGGAUAUGCCAUGAGCAGGCUGGUUUCUUCUUUUGUUGAUUUUUAUCUAAAUAAAUAUAUUCUCCCAUGAACGA